AUGAAUCAGAAACGACAUAUUAUUGGAGCACAAGCGAGAAAGCGUGUAAUUGAUAAAAAAGAAAAAGAAGUGAUUUUACUUAGUAAAAUACCGACGUUAAAUAAUUUUUUGAAACAAAUAAAUAACAUUACCCCUAGUUGUGUUGAAGAUAAUAAACUAGAAACUUCAAAUGAUAUAACUAUUACUAAUAAUUGUUCUACUACUUCUACUUCUAUUCAAUGUACUGCGUCUUCUUCAGAUCAAUCAGUUGUUGAUAUAAAUGAGGAAUCAGAAAAAUCUGAGCUAAAUGUCAUUCCUAAUCCUCUUAUUACGCAGAAUAAUACAAAUAAUUUUAAAGAUCCAGCAGAUUGGACAAAUAGUAAUAUAUGUCUAAAUCAAUCUACGAAAAAUCGAAAAAACGGAGAAAAUGUUUCACGGAAAUGGCUUGUUUAUUCAAUUUCAAAAUUUAUAUUAUUUUGUGCUCCAUGCAAAUUAUUUGGAUGCAGUACUCAACUGGGAGAUGCUGGAUUUAAUGAUUGGAAAAAUGGACAUUUAGUUAUUUCCAGGCACGAAAAUUCUUUGGCACAUAAAAAUAAUACAUUAAGUUUUAUUACAUUACAAAGUGAUGUAGGUAGAAUUGACACUCAAUUGGCAACACAAGUGACUGAUGAAAUGAAUUACUGGAAAGCUGUUCUUCAUCGAGUUGUUGAAGUAAUUAAAUUUCUCGGUGGAAAAAGUUUAUCAUUCAGAGGUGAUAAUGAACAAUUUAACAAAAUUAACAAUGGGAACUUUUUGGGAACGUUAGAGUUACUUGCUAAAUUUGACCCUUUUAUUGCUCAACAUAUAGAAAAAUAUGGGAAUAGAGGGAAAGGAACUCCGUCUUAUUUAUCAUCCACAAUCUAUGAAGAACUUUUACUUUUGAUGAAGAAUGAUAUAAUUAAAAUUAUAUUAAAAGAAUUAAAAGCAGCCAAGUAUUAUUCUUUAAUUGUUGAUUCUACACCUGAUAUAGCAAACGUCGAUCAACUUGUUAUUGCAUUAAGAUAUGUUUUACCUAGGGUGUACCUGCAGAAAGAUUUUUAA